UCCAUCCAGCCUCUUAGCUGCAGGAGUUUGCUUCCCAGCUUUCCUUCCCUGUGAGUGUUUGUGUGGGUUGUGGUGGCAGAGUGCAAUUACUCACUCUUUGUUUUGGGUUUUUCCUCGGUGCUAUUCCUCUUUCUCCCCAGCACAAUGACUCCUGUCUGGAUUGUGUCUCUCCCAGCAGGUGCUGAGCGAGGGAGUGAGAAUGAGGAGGGGAAUCAUCAUGAGGAAGUUCCCGGGGAAGUGGAACUGCAGGGGACCUUUGUAGGAAGAGCUGAAGGGAAUUUUUCCCAGUGCUUGGAGCAGGAAGAAGGCUGGGGAAACUGGCACAGGUCAGAGAGGCUUCUGGAAAACCACGCAGGGAAGAAAGUGGAUGAAUCUAUUAACGGUGGGGGAGGAGACAAGGAUCCCAGAGCGCAGCAGGCAAAUCCCAAGGAAGAGACACCCGGGCACUACCCUCAGUUUGCGAAAGAAUUCAUUGUGAGAUCACAGCUUGUAACAAAUCAGACAAUCUAUACUGGAGGGAAACCCCCUCAAUGCUUGGACAAUGGGGAAAGUUUUAAUAAGCUCUCAGAUCUUAAUAACCAUGGGAGCAGCCACACUGAAGAGAAACCCGCUCAAUCCCUCCAGUGGGGGAAAUGUUUCAUUUCGAAGACACAAAUAAUUAGACAUCAGUUAAGCCACACAAGGGAGAGACCCUAUAAGUGCUUGGACUGUGGGAAAAGAUUCAUAAGAAAGUCAAACCUUGUUAAACAUCAGGCAAUCCACAGAGGAGAGAGACCCCACAAGUGCUUGGACUGUGGGAAAAGUUUCAUACAGAAGUCAAACCUAGUUCGUCAUCAGGCAAUCCACACAGGAGAAAGACGCCACAAGUGCUUGGACUGUGGGAAAAGUUUCAUAAGAAGGUCACACCUUGUUAAACAUCAGGCAUUACACACAGGAGCGAGACCCCAUAAGUGCUUGGACUGUGGGAAAAAUUUCAUACAAAGGUCAGACCUUGUUCAUCAUCAGGCAAUCCACACAGGAGAAAGACCCCACAAGUGCUUGGACUGUGGGAAAAGUUUCAUAAGAAAGUCAAACCUUGUUAAACAUCAGGCAAUCCACACAGGAGAAAGACCCUACAAGUGCUUGAACUGUGGGAAAAGUUUCAUAAGAAAGUCAAACCUUGUUCAACAUCAGGCAAUCCACACAGGAGAGAGACCUCACAAGUGCUUGGACUGUGGGAAAAGUUUCAUGAAAAGGUCAGACCUUGUUAAACAUCAGGCAUUACACACAGGAGCGAGACCCCACAGGUGUUUAGACUGUGGGAAAAGUUUCAUACAGAGGUCAGAGCUUGUUAAACAUCAGGCAAUCCACACAGGAGAGAGACUCCACAAGUGCUUGGACUGUGGGAAACUUUUCAAACAGAGGUCACACCUAGUUCGUCAUCAGGCAAUCCACACAGGAGAGAGACUCCACAAGUGCUUGGACUGUGGGAAAAGUUUCAAAAGAAGGUCACACCUAGUUCGUCAUCAGGCAAUCCACACAGGAGAGAGACCCCACAAGUGCUUGGACUGUGGGAAAAGUUUCAAAAGAAGGUCACACCUUGUUAAACAUCAGGCAAUCCACACAGGAGAGAGACCCCACAAGUGCUUGGACUGUGGGAAAAGUUUUAUAGAAAGGACAGAACUUGUUAAACAUCAGGCUUUACACACAGGAGAACGACCUCACAAGUGCUUGAGCUGUGGAAAAAGUUUCAUAAGAAGGUCACACCUUGUUCAACAUCAGUCAAUCCACACAGGAGAGAAACCCCACAAGUGCUUGGACUGUGGGAAAAGUUUUAUAAGAAGGUCACACCUUGUUAAACAUCAGGCAAUCCACACAGGAGAGAGACCCCACAAGUGCUUGGACUGUGGGAAAAGUUUUAUAAGAAAGUCAAACCUUGUUCAACAUCAGUCAAUGCACACAGGAGAGAAACCCCACAAGUGCUUGGACUGUGGGAAAAGUUUCAUGAAAAGGUCAUACCUUAUUAAACAUCGGGCUAUCCACACAGGAGAGAGACCCCACAAGUGCUUGAACUGUGGGAGAAGUUUCAUAAGAAGGUCACACCUUUUUUAUCAUCAGGCAUUACACACAGGAGAGAGACCCCACAAGUGCUUGUACUGUGGGAAAAGUUUCAUACAGCGGUCACACCUUGUUACACAUCAGGCAAUCCACACAGGAGAGAGACCCCACAAGUGUGUGGACUGUGGAAAAAGUUUCAUAGAGAGAUCAAACCUUGUUCAACAUCGGGCAAUCCACACAGAAGAAAGACCCCACAAGUGCUUCGACUGUGGGAAAAUUUUCAUACAGAGGGCACACCUUUUUCAACAUCAGGCAAUCCACACAGGAGAGAGACCCCACAAGUGCUUGGACUGUGGGAGAAGUUUCAUAAGAAGGUCACACCUUGUUUAUCAUCAGGCAUUACACACAGGAGACAGACCCCACAAGUGCUUAGACUGUGAGAAAUGUUUCAUAACAAGGUCACAACUAGUUCGCCAUCAGGCAAUCCACACAGGGGUGAGACCGCACAGGAACUUGGACUUAGGGGAAAGUUUUAGACAAAGAUCAAACCUUGUUCAACAUCAGGCAAUCCACACAGGAGAGAGACCUCACAAGUGCUUGGAUUGUGGGAAAAGUUUCAUACGGAGGGCACACCUUAUUGAACAUCAGGCAAUCCACACAGGAGAGAGGCCUUACAAGUGCUUGGACUGUGGCAAAAGUUUCAUAAAAAAGUCAAAUCUUGUUCAACAUCAGGCAAUCCACAAAGGAGAGAAACCCCACAAGUGCUUGGAGUGUGGGAAAAGCUUCAGAAGAAAGUCAAAACUUGUUGAACAUCAGGCAAUCCACACAGGAGAGAGACCCCACAAGUGCUUGGACUGUGGGAAAAGUUUCAUACAAAGGUCUGACCUUGUUAAACAUCAGGCAAUCCACACAGGAGCCAGACCUCACAACUGCUUAGACUGUGGGAAAAGUUUCAUACAAAGGUCCGACCUUGUUAAACAUCAGGCAAUCCACACAGGAGAGAGACCCCACAAGUGCUUAGAGUGUGGGAAAAGCUUCAGAAGAAAGUUAAAACUUGUUCAACAUCAGACAAUCCACACAGGAGAGAAACCCCACAAGUGCUUGGACUGUGGGAAAAGUUUCACAGAAAGGUCAAACCUUCGUAAACAUCAGGCAAUCCACACAGGAGAGAGACCCCACAGGUGCUCGGACUGUGGGAAAAGUUUCAUACAGAGUUCAGAGCUAGUUCGUCAUCAGGCAGUCCACACAGGAGAGAUACGCCACAAGUGCUUGGACUGUGGGAAAAGUUUCAUAAGAAGGUCACAGCUUGUUAAACAUCAGGCAUUACACACAGGAGAAACAGUCCAAGCACUUGUGGGCUCUGGGAAAAGUUUCAUAUAGCGGUCACACCUUGUUAAACAUCAGGCAUUGCACACAGGAGAAAGACCACACAAGUGCUUGGACUGUGGGAAAAGUUUCAUAGAGAGGUUAUACCUAGUUCGCCAUCAGGCAUUGCACACAGAAGAGAGACCACACAUGUGCUUGGACUAUGGGAAAAGUUUCAUACAAGGUCAGACCUUGUUAAACAUCAGGCAUUACACACAGGAGAAAGACCCCACAAGUGCUUGGACUGUGGGAAAAGUUUCAUAAGAAGGUCACAUCUUGUUAAACAUCAGGCAUUACACACAGGCUCGAGACCCCAUAAGUGCUUGGACUGUGGGAAAAGUUUCAUACAGAGGUCCGACCUUCUUAAACAUCAGGCAAUCCACACAGGAGAUAGACCCCAUAAGUGUUUCAACCGUGGGAAAAGUUUCAUACAGAGAUCAGAUCUUUUUAAUCAUCAGGCAAUCCACACAGGAGAGAGAUCCCAUAAGUGCUUGGACUGUGGGAAAAGGUUCAUUCAAAGGUCAGAUCUUAUUCAACAUCAGAGAAUCCACACAGGAGAGAGACCUCACAAGUGCCUGAACUGUGGAAAAAGUUUUGUAUGGAGGUCAGACCUUGUUAAACAUCAGUUAUUCCCCACAGGAGAGAGACCCCAUAAAUGUUUAGAUUGUGGAAAAAGAUUCAUACGGAGGUCACGCCUUCUUAAACACCAGAGAAUCCACACAGGAGAGAGACCUCAUAAGUGUUUAGACUGUGUGGAAAUUUCACUUCUAAACUUCUCUGAUGCAGGGACAGAAGGUGUUAAGGAAAUUGCAUGUAAUUGACCUAGACUCAAGCUUUAGAGACAUGUUAGAAAAGUGUGUACUCGUUAGAUCAGGGGUAGGCAACCUAUGGCACGCGUGCUGAAGGCGGUAUGCGAGCUGAUUUUCAGUGGCACUCUCACUGCCCGGGUCCUGGCCACAGGUCCGGGGAGCUCUGCAUUUUAAUUUAAUUUGAAAUUAAGUUUCUUAAACAUUUUAAAAAACGUAUUUACUUUACAUACAAAAAUAGUUUAGUUAUAUAUUAUAGACUUAGAGAAAGAGACCUUCUAAACAUGUUAAAAUGUAUUACCGGCACACGAAACCUUAAAUUAGAGUGAAUAAAUGAAGACUCGGCACAUCAAUUCUGAAAGGUUGCUGACCCCUGCGUUAGAAAAACUAGAGCUUUGAAAGGUAAACGUUUAUUGUUAAAGACAUGGAAGAAGAUGGUAACUGUAGUAGUCUUUGUUUAGCUAUAUCUUGUUACAGGUUAAUAAUGGAAGUAAAUGGUUCCUGUCUAGGGCUGUAUUCUGUGAAUUCAGAGAUCAAAAGGGAAUAUUAACAUUUAGACAAAACUUGGUUGUAAUAAUGUCAUUGUUUGUCUCCUGAAAGUUUGUGGUAAACUGUCUAUGAACUGCUUUAUAGAGAAUCACAUGUUAAUCCAUGUUACCAGUGAUGUUUAGGAAAUAGAAGGUUACUUCAAAAGCCUAUUCUUCAUCCAAUGACUGUGUGCUGUCGAGACGCUGCAAAAAUUAUCCUUUCUUUUGUGUGGGUGAAUCCAAUCUCUGCGGGCAGAGGGGAUCUCCUAGCAGGUCUGCACUCCCCAAUCGCAGCAAGUGGGGGGCGGGGAUACCCUGCAGCUCUGCAGUCCCCACAAUUCAGCUCCCUGGCCGCUGCAGGGACCUGGGCAACCGCCGCAGCUCCCAGCCUGGGGAGGAAUCCCCCAGAGUUCCCCAGUCCCCAAGUGGUGAGGAAGCCCCCUGACUGCCCAGUGCCUGUAAGUGUGGGGGACUGCUGGAGCUCUGGGCAUGGGGGAAUGUCCCGUGGCUCCCCAGCCAUCACUGGCAGGGGCAUUCUGCAGCUCCCCAUUCUGCACAGGAUCUCCCGGAGCUCUCCAGGGUGGGUCCAUGGAUGAGGGGGAUGUAUGGAGCUCAAUAGGCACCACAGGUGUCAGGGUAACUGCUGCAGUUCCCCAGCCUGGGGGGCAUUCCCGCAGAUCUCCAGCCCCAGCAGAUGGGGGAUCCCUCACAGCUCCCCAGUCACUGCCAGUGUGGGGGAGCCCCAGAGCUCUCCAGUCCCCCUGGAUGUGGGGGAAUCCCUGAUGCUCCCUAACACUUGCAGGCAGCAGGGUAACCCCCACAGUUCCCCAGCCUAGGGGAAGACAUCCCCCAGAGCUCCCCAGUCCUCUGGAGGUGGGGGAUCUCCUGCAGCUCACCCUGUUGUAAACAUCUGUUUUCACUUUCAGGUGACAUUGUAAAUAAAAAGUAAGCAACAUUAUUUCCCAUAAAUGUAAACAAACUUGUUUCUCCAAGUGAUUGCCUGAACAAGAAGUAGGACUGAGUGGACUUGUCAGCUCUAAAGUUGUACAUUGUUUUAUUUUUCAGCGCAGUUAUGUAAUAACAAAAAAUCUACAUUUCUAAGUUGCACUUUCGUGAUAAAGAGAUUGCACUAUGGUCCUUGUAUGAGAUGAACUGAAAAAUACUAUUUCUUUUAUCAUUUUUCCAGUGGAAAUAUUUGUAUUAAAAAUAAUAAUAUAAAGUGAACACUGUAUACUUUAUAUUUGCUUUGUAAUUGAAAUCGAUAUAUUUGGUUGGAAAUGUAGAAAAAUAUCCAA